AUCUUACAUUCGGUUAUAUUAUGGGUAAUGCAAAAGUACUUACAGGGAUUAGAAGCACGCUGAAUCGGCUGAAUUCAAUAUUUUUAACAUCAACGCGGUUGAAUCACGUGAUAAACGCGCUGGACCUGUUGGAACAUGCUAGAAGCUGGAAGUGUAUGUAUCAGUUAUCAGUGCCUCAGUGCCUUCAGUGGCUAGAACAGGUUAGAACGGGUCUCAACAGGUUAGGAAGAUGACGACAAAUACCAUGCGUCUGGAUAUUCUGCCGAACGAUGUGUUGCUAAUGAUCUUCGAUCAUUGCGAUGAACAUGAUUUGUUGCGGCUCAGCGAGGUGUGUAGCCGAUUUUACGACCUCGUGCGCAGGUCGGACAUGACCUGGAUCAAGAAACGCAAACAAUUUCUCGUCACAAAUCAAAUGUCGGAAAGAUUUCGUGAGAGAUGUAAUACAAUAUUGCCCCCACGUUCAACAUGUUUCGUAUCACAAAAAUGGCAGUAUGGAAUAUACAGAAAGGAAAUGGUAUUUACGCAGAAAACAAAGCUGAUGCCGUGGCUGAGAUUGACAAACGACAUACUCUGGUGGUGCGGCGGCAAUGAGCUUCUCGGCUUUGGCCGCAAAAGAACAAUGAUAGAUAGCACGUAUGGCAACAACCAUUAUACAGGAGAAAUCUACACAGGAGGUGACAUCUGCAAAUUUGUUCCUUGGAAAGACUUCGUCAUAUGUGGCUAUACGAAUGGCGCUAUAAGCUACUUUUUAAAGAGGUAUGGCAAAAACAAAUGUUGCAUUGUAAAACUGUUACUGAACAAUGAUUCUUCCGUCAAUGCUAUAGAUGCCACCUCGGAAAAUGUUAUUGCAGGUUUAGAAAGUGGUACAAUAAAGAUACAAAGACAUCCAGAUAUGGAUACGUCUGAAAGAAAUGUUUACAACGUAAGUGAGACCUGUGUAAAUCUAAGGGAUAAAGUGCGAUCGCUCUCAGUUGAUCCUACGGGAGUAAAAUUUGCCGUUGGCUCAGCUGGAACUACUCAGGACAUCCCACCACUACAUGUAAUUGAUAUCGAAAGUCACACAGAGAUCGAUACAAUGCGGCAUAAGUGGCGACACGGCGCUGGGAUAUUAGACAUGGUAUGGGACGAUCCCAACACUUUGCUCACUUGUGGCUAUGAUACGUACAUCCGAAAAUGGGAUUUGAGAACUGAAAGAUGUGUCUCUAAAUGGGUGGAUCCAACCGAUGCAUCAUUAUAUUGUAUUUCAUCCGACCAUCGGUAUACCAUGGUAACAGGAACGCAGUAUAAUUGCUUAGCCGUUCUGUGGGAUCAAAGGAAGACUGAUUUCGUUCAGCUGUAUUACGUGAAUAUGCGAGAAUCAUCUCGACGCAGCCCGAUCUAUUCUAUACAAUUUGAUAACACACAUCUGUACUGCGCUACGGAUAAACACGUGAUCGAAUUAAACUUCUCUGGCCGUUUACAUCAGAAGUUUGAUUACAAGGCGAUGUACAUUCCAUUGGAUAAACACCAUCGUAUGCGUAUAAAUUAUUGAACACCUGCAGGAACAGUACAAACCAAACGUUUCAUGAUAGAAGUUUAAUUGUGAAGAGAAGGGAUUAAAAACAUGAAGAACGAAAUCCAAUCCUGAGAUAAUGUAAUGUACCUUGUAUAAAAAU